AAAACUCGCGUCGCGGUUACAGAGAGCCUCUUUAGGCAGCGAGGAGGGCAGCAGGCUGUUAACUCUUCCUCUAUAGGGAUAGAUUUCUUCUUAAUAUUUAACGUUGUGUAGCAUUUUGUCAACAGCAGAUAACAUCUCGUCAUGAUACAAGAAGGAAUUUUGCUGGCCUUUGGAAACCCUCUUCUGGACAUUUCAGUCAAUGAUGAAAGCUGUCACUUGCUAUCUAAAUAUGACCUGAAAAGGAACAAUGCAAUACUUGCAGAAGACAAACAUCUUCCAUUAUAUGAUGAAAUGGUGAUUCAGUAUUCAGACAAAGUGCAGUAUAUUCCAGGUGGAGCCACUUUAAAUACAGUGAGAGUGAUACAGUGGAUACUUCAACAACCUAAGGUGACCACUUAUUUUGGCUGCAUUAGCGAUGACAAAAAUGGGGCCAUCUUAAAGAAACAUGCUGAAGAAGAAGGAGUGAAUGUGCAGUUCCAGUUCACACAUGAGCAGCCUACUGGCACUUGUGCUGUCUUAUGUGUGGGAAAUGACAGAUCAUUAGUUGCCAACCUUGGUGCAGCAAACUGCUUUAAGGAAGAGUUCUUGGAUCAGCCUUCAAACUGGAAGUUGGUUGAGAAGGCUCAAUUUUACUACUCUGCUGGAUUUCCCUUGACAGUAAGCCCCAAGAGUAUGCUGCGACUUGCCCACCAUGCCUAUGCCUGUGGAAAGACUUACUGUUUGAACCUUUCUGCACCAUUUCUAUGCAGUGUUUUCAAAGAUCCCAUGAUGGAGCUUUUGCCCUAUGUUGACUUUUUGUUUGGGAAUGAACUGGAGGCAGAUGAGUUUUCCAAAGCACAUGAUUGGAAUAUUACUGAUAGGAAGGAAAUAACUCUGAAAAUGGCUGCUUGGCCCAAAAAAGCCGGAACACGAACUGUGGUGAUCACCCAAGGCGAGGGUCCAGUGCUCGUAGCCAGAGGUGGAGAAUUGACAGAGUAUCCAGUUAGCAGAGUACCUGAAAAUGAAAUAGUCGACACAAACGGCGCUGGUGAUGCGUUUGUUGGAGGUUUCUUGGCACAGUUGAUCCGAGGAAAGUCAAUAGACGAUUGUGUACGAUGUGGCAUGUAUUGUGGUGACUACAUCAUCCGACAAUCUGGCUGCACCUUGCCUACCAAACCCACAUUCCAGUCUGAAAGUUAAUGACAUUUAGAUUUUAUGUUGUUAAACUAAUGGGGCGGAGUGUAUAUGUUUACAGAAAGGUAAGAGAAAGUUUAGAGAGGUGUUAUGUGUGUGACAGCCUUUAAUGAAGAGAUUAUAGCUGUCAGAAUGCUUUCCAUCUCUUUUUAGUUCCUUUUCUUUUUUUCUUUUUUUUUUUAAAGUGGAUGUUCUAUUCUUAGUUGCUGGCUCAACAUAACGCACCAAUUUCCUCUUUCUCCUGAUACUACGCAUUGAUGCCAUGCAUUUCUUUCAGUUAAUGAUUUAUUUCUUCAUUAACCUUACAAGACAACCUGAUGCAAACCUAAAAAUCGGGUUGUCUGGUAAGUAGUGAAGAAAAAUAAUAGAAAAAUUGUAUUUCUACCCUAUCAUGCAGAUAACUUGCAUAUCUUAUCGAAAUGAAAUUGGACUGAUAUCAAGCAGAAAUUUGUCUUUUCUAUUUACAAAUUAUGGGUCACCUAGAAUGGGUUUCAGCCGAUCGACAUUGGUGGCGGACUCUGGUUGAGGCCUUAUAUGCAACCUGAUGCAGGAAGAGGAAUAGAUAGAUUUACAAAUUAUAACUGAUUUCUAUUUUUUGGUGCCAUAGUUAUGAAGUAAGUUGAAGUUAAUGUCCUGGUGCAACAUAUGGAACUAAAAGGGCAAGUGUCAUUUCUGAAGAAAGUGGUGUCGAGACCCUGCACACAUGAAACCAUAUGUCUAGAGGCAGCUAGUGGCCUAGUGUUAUUUUUAUGCAUCUGGUGCACAUUGGUGCUAUAAAUUAUGCAUGGCAGUGAUUGGUUAAGUUUCUCAGUGCUAACUGGAGUGGGCCUGCUACAGGAGUGUUGCAAAAAUGUUAACCCUGUGAGGAGUAUGUAAGAGCAGAGCUGAGAUGGGACAACAGACGUGCUGGAGAUCUGAUCAGUGACAAGAUGGAACAAGUGAGAGCUGAAACUUGCUGUAGAGGGAUGCAGCCUUUGCAGGUGAUUAAGCCAGCUCAGUGAAGGAUAAUAUAUCUGCUUGCUCUUUUCCUUCAUCUGGUUGAGUGUCUGAGAAAAAGUUUCCUUACACCAUAUCUCUACCACCAUGGACGUGUAUAGGUGGACUGCUGUCUGUCUUCCGAGACCAACACUUAGCCUCUUGCAAAGUUCUUUGCUGUUAGUCUCAGCAAGCCUAAACAAUGAAUGUAACCAGAAGCUUUGUAUACACAAGCCUUGUUCUAGUAGUUAACUGGAAAAAUUUGUCUGCAAUCAGUCCAGUAAUACAAGUUCAUGCUACCACUUAGCCAAGUGAAUACGGAAACACAUAGUUAUAAAAUGGUCGCAAAGAUGCCCUAAGGUAAAGAAACAUGAAAUGAUGUUCACAGACUGUGGACAUUGCAUUGGAACUACGAAAACAAGAUGCUUUUCCCCAAUUCCUUGAGUUCCCCACUUUGCCCUGGGGCAAUUACUGACUCUUGCUUUAGAACUACAGUUCUGGAUAUGUGUUCCUAAUUAUCAUAUGGGAAUUACCUUGGUAAUUGGUGCUUACAAGAAAUGAUGUUAUGAGUUGAUGGAAGUGUGGUUCUUUUACAUGUAACCAGUUGUAUUUCUGUUGGGGAGGUGAUUGAAAAAAAUAUUGAAAGGAGCAAU